AAAUGGUCACACUGGAAAGCAAACAAAAAAAAAAGGAGAGGAAUUUUCGCAGCAAUUAAAGCAAAAAGCGAUAAAGGGCGCUUUAAAACGGAUAGUUACAUGCCUUAGGUUGCGACUAUCGACUACACAAAGUAAGUAAUGGUAACUCCGCUGGCGAAAGCCACCCUCGUUUGAAAAACUUGCGACAAGCGUGAAGUUGAACACGGUAGUGCAAAAGUGUGAAGAAGAAGAAAGUCCGGGGCUUCGUUGGGAAAAGCGAACCAAAGCCAAACAAAAAAAUAUAGAAUCUCGGGAUCCGGAAGCGGACACGAAGGCGGGGACUUGGACACAGGGUCCGAUUCCGUUUCCAGUUUAAGUCGCCGAUUAAGUCGCCAUGAGUUUUCUGCCGGGGGAGCCGGUUCCUCCCGGCUUCGAGGAGGACGACGUGGCCCCAACGGCGGUCAUAGUGAAGCAGAUCGAGAGCUACAGCGGCGGCCCGCUCCUCGGCACCGAGUACGCCAUCGAGCUGCACGAGCCGGCCCAGCUGCGUCCGGACUACUUCUGCGUGCUGUGCCAGACCUGCACCGACGGCCGCAGCGUCUUCGUCCACUGGACGUCGCAGGCGCACCGCACCAAAUACCUGAAGACCCACUUCCAGAAGGCCCACGAGGUGCUGCAGAGGCUGAAGCGCACGCCCAACAGCUCCGGGGACCUGGUGAUAGCCACCGGCAACCUGGUCCAGGCCAUCGAGAACCACUUCGGCCGGUCCCGCCAGCUGGUCACCUCGUCCGCCGAGGACUUCCGCCGCUUCCGGGCCAAGAUCUUCAGCCAGGUGCGGGACUCGCCCCACUUCGACGAGUGCACCGGCCACGACUUCGUCGAGGAGGCCCAACGCCUCCUGCGCGAGCUGAAGCCGGAUGAGUCCAUCAAGAUCAGCCUGAAGAUGAACGAGGGCGGAGCCGCCGGCGGCGACAGCAACAACAGCAAGCGCGACGAGGGCAACAACAUAAUCUCCCUGGACGCCAUCUCCAGUGAUGACGACAACUUUGGCGGUCCCUCGGGGCCCACGGUGCCGAAGGUGACGCUGCGCAAGAAGAACCUGGCCGAAGAUGCCAGUGGCCGCGGAGUGAACCGCUCGCCACCGCCUCCCGGCGGAGUGGCCAAGCCCCAGCAGCUGCCCACGCCCAAGGAGCUGUCCAUCCAGGCCUCCCUGAUCGCCCAGGAGCGCUACAAGUGGGAGAAGUUCCGCUGCAUGCUGGAGCUCCAGCUGAAGCAGCUGCGCGACGAGACGGAGACGUACGAGUCGAACCCCGAGAAGCACCCGGAUUAUCCGGACGAGUGGAAGCAGUUCUGGAACCGCCGCUACAAGCAGCUGCAAGAGGAGAAGAAGUGCGAUCCCAACCAGUACGACUACAAGCCCGAGUGGAUCAGCUACUGGAAGGACCGGCGCAUCGAGCUGUUCAACAUAGCGGUGAACAAGAUCAAGAAGGAUCUCAAGGAGAAGUUCAAGCUGGGCGACGAGGACGAGGAGAAGACCAAGGAGCUGAUGGAGCGCUACAAGAUCCGCGUGGCCAGUCCGCGGGAGGCGCCGGCCAGCGCCAACGUGGUCAAUCGUCGCAAGCAGAACUUCCGCAGCAAUCGGCCGGCGGGCGGAGGAUCGGGGGCAGGGUCAGGGGCACCCGAGGCUGUCAUUGACAUCAGCGACGACGAGGGCUCCAGUCCGCCUUCCCGAGGUCGUGGCCCCUACAACCGGCGCUCCCCCUCCCACUCCCUCUCCCCCAAGAGGCCAGGAGCAGGAGGCCGUCGUCCCAUGCGGCGUUCCCGCAGCCGCUCGCCGCGCCGCAAUUACCGGAGAGGUUCCUCCCGCUCCCGCUCGCGUUCCCGCAGCCUGCGGCGCAGAUCCCGCUCGCCGCCCUACUACCGGCAGCGCGAUCGUCGCGGUCCGGCCUCCCGGGAGCGGGCCCUGUCGCCCGGGCCCAGGGACUACGUGGAUCGCGGCCGCAGCCUGGAGCGGGAGCGCUCCGCCGACUACUAUCCGCCCCGCAGCGAGGCCUAUGGCCGCGGGCCCCCGCGCAACUACGACCACGUCGAGACAUUCCGCGUCCUGGACUCGCGCGUCUACCCCGAGUACAACAUGCCCAAGGUGCGCUCCAUCUCGCCGGCCGUCUCGUCCGUCAAGGACAAGGAGUCCUCGGAGAUCGUCGAGGAGGGCCCGCUGACCGUGGUCAGUGUGCUGCGCAUGCUCUCCGCCGUCGAGGAGCACCUGGGCAGCCUAGGGCCCAAGGCCCUCAACCUGCUCAGCAAGGCGCUGGCCAUGGAGAUGGCCAAGCCGAACGCGGCCGACGACCUGCUGCUGAACGACGACAACUGCGUGUUCCUGGAGACCACCAAGGAGAAGCUGAAGGGCAUCCUCAUCGCCGAGGUCCUCGACGACCCGCAGAAGGUGCGCGUGGUGAAGAAGCUGAUCACCAACAUAGCGGCCAUCAUCUUCCAGGUGACCGCCAGAGGUGUCCCCGAUGUCGCCGAGGCCAAGGUGAAGGCCAACGCCAAUCCGGCGCCCAUCCAGCUGCCCUUCGAGCGCAACGUGGUGGCCCCCAAGCUGGCCAACGCCCUGGUGCUCAAGGGCUACUACGACGUGACCACCGGCGACAUGAACAGCCUGCUGCACCUGCUGACGCUGCUGGUGACGGUGGACAAGCAGCGCCGCCAGGCGGACAAGGACAACGGCCUGACCUUCGAGGAGGUGCAGGCGAAGCUCGGCCUGCAGAAGGAGGCGCCGCCCGACAACAUGGGCAUCGACCUGGACGAGCUGAUGAAGGAGGUGGAGAACCAGCUGAACAAGGAGUCCCUGGACGUGGCCACCGCUGCCGGCGGCCCGGAGGCGGCCAGUGGAAAGGUCCAGCAGGACGCCGCUGCUGUCGGCGGCAGCAAUGGCAUGGAGUCGCUCACCGACUCGGACCUGCAGACCCUGCUGCAGAACUUCAAGUUCCUGUCCAACGAGGAGCAGGUGCACCUCAUCGGCCACCUGCGCAACCUGGAGGUGCAGGAGCCGUCGCGCGUGGAGCACCUGCGCAAGUACGUGAACCUGGCGGAGCUGAGUGGCGACGGCGAGUCCUGCAGUGACUUCCUGUCGCGCGUGGUGAACAUCGGCGGUGUGUCAGCCAAGACGAUGGAGAAAUCCAAGUCGAUGGCAGGCGCCUCCUCCGGGGGGGCAGCCAGCGGUUCCGCCUCCGCGAUGGUAGCUCUCGCCUCGCUGACCACGCGCCGUCCCAGCACGGAUCGCGAGCGGGAUCGGGACCGCGAUCGCGAGAUGACCAGCCUGCCCGUCAGCAAGCAGCGACGCGGCCGCAACACUCCCAGUUUCAUGAUCGACGACGAUGAUGACGACGAGGACGACUACAACUUUGACGAUCUAGUGAUGAAGGCCUGCGACUGGCGUGGUGGUGGUGGCGGUGGCGGCUCCAAGAAGGCGGGAGCGCCCAUUGUACCCGUGGAAUCCUCUCCGAAUGCCCUCACUUUCAAGCCAGCGGCUGCCUCGAAAAUCUCACUGAAGGACACCGAAAGCAUUAUAGCCAACCUGAUGGGCACGCUCAGCAAGGGCGGGAAUUCGGGGGGAUCGAGUGGCUCCUCGGAAGGCAACCGCAUGCAGCAGCAGCACGGAGCACCCAAUGCGCCCAGCAUGAGCCAGAAGCCGGGACAGAAUCCGAAUCCUGGCCAGAAUCACGGCUAUCCGCCGCAGCAGCAGGGCCGCAACUUUGGCCAGGAGCCGCAGCCCCUGAUGAGCAGCAUGAGCGGCGGACCCGAUCCCAGCCAGUACCCGAAUCAGCAGCCCUACGGCGGCUAUCAUCCGUACGCGGGCGGCAAUGGAGUGCAGCAGAACUAUGCGGGCAUGGGACACGGACCAGGACCUGCUCCUGGCCACGCCGGCGGCUACGGGGGUCCCAUUAAUCCCUGGGCCAACAACGGGCCGCCGCAGCCGCCCUACAAUCAGAUGCCCCAGAACUUCUUGGGCGCCCAGCAGCAGCAGCCGCCGCCGCAUUACAACAACAUGUUCGGGGGGCGUCACUAGAGCCACUAAGUCCUAGAUACUAGACCUAAUAUUAAAUCAUGAGGAUUUAAACAUAGACUAAAGACCAUGAACAUCCAUUGAAGUGCCCGUGAAUGCGCGUAGUGAUUUAUUAACAUAAAACCCUUUUUUUUUGUCACCUUUUUUCCCCCGUCUACAGCUGAAUUAUACAAAUCGGAAGGUAUUCAACGCAUUAAUUAUAUCUGAACAGCAAAAGAAUAAAGAAACGCAAAUGUUAA